ACAGCAUGCUCCUGAAGGCACCUUUGCUUCUGGGGCUCAUUACACUGGUGUCUCAUGUCUGUAGUUCUGACUUUGUGGACAUUAGUAGGAGAGCAAAUCACUUUGCCCUGUGUGUGGAGUUUGCAGUGUUCCAUUUCAACCAAGUCUAUCCAGAUGAGUAUGCAUACAAAUUGCUGUGGGUACGGCGAAGCCAGCGCAAGCAGUUUACUUUGAUAUAUUUAAUGGAGUUGGAGUUGGGCCAAACCAUUUGCUCAAAACAGGAUGAAGACCUGGAAAACUGUCCCUUACAAGAAGGCCCGAGAGAGAAAAAGGUGGAUUGCACCUUUGUUGUGGAUAUCAGACCAUGGCUUUCCCAGUUCUCCCUCCUGAACAGCACCUGUGUGCAAAAAUAGGCUGGGAACGGGCCCCUGGCUCCUCACACAAAAGAUCCUUUUCCUCCAGAGAGCAACAACCAGUCUGUAUGUAGUCCCAGGUCUGUUCAGCACCAGGAGAAUUAAAGGCAUCUCAGAGCACUUUUUGGGUCCCUGUCAGUUUUGCACUU